CAGAAAUUGAACAUAAGUUCAUAGUAAACUGAAAAGGGUAGAGAUAAGGAUAUAAAUGGAAAGUUAGAUUUAAAGUUGCCUCCGACAUUAAAAAGAAAAAAAAGUAGAGGUGAACUUAAACAUGCAAUGGAGAGGUUUUAUUUAUUCCCCUAGGUACAUUGUUUGGGAACCGCGGUGCCUGCAAGACCUUCUGGCAGCUGGGGGCUGGAAGCAGCGGAACGAAAGGCAGACGGUCCUUGGUUGUGGGGCGGACGUGGGCUCAAUCUGUACGUUCCUGCAAGUUUCCCCCCUGGGCUGGGAUCUACACGCGUGACAAAUUCAGUUUAUCAGGCACCGUGGUGAUCUUCGCUGGCCAGAGUUAGAGGCCGACGAGAAAUCUUCCUGCCUCAGAUUUGUUGACCUACAGAAUGCUUCGAUACUCACAUUUUUGUAGAGUCUAUAAAGAACUUCUUUCAUGCUGGUUGGAAUCUGGCGUAACUAAUUUAGUUGUCUGGCCAAAAAAAAUACACACUACAGCAGAAAGAUAUAAUGAAUCUGAAGCCCAAGAGCAAACGGGAAAAACCGGAACUCAGGAGUUACACAGAUCUCAAGAUGGAGAUUCUGGAGCUGUGGCUAAAUUACAUAUUCCAGUAAUGGUGGAUGAAGUUGUUCAUUGCUUAGCACCACAAAAAGGGCAGGUUUUUCUAGAUAUGACAUUUGGUUCAGGAGGACACACAAGAGCCAUUCUACAGAAGGAGUCAAAUAUUACUCUGUAUGCCCUAGAUAGAGACCCAACUGCUUAUGCAAUAGCUAAACAGCUUUCAGAAUUGUAUCCUAAACAGAUCCAAGCUAUGCUAGGCCAGUUCAGCCAGGCAGAGGCAUUAUUAAUGAAAGCUGGAGUCCAGCCAGAAACUUUGGAUGGAGUCCUUUUGGAUCUUGGGUGUUCCUCCAUGCAACUUGAUGAUCCUGAAAGAGGUUUUUCCCUUCGGAAGGAUGGCCCCUUGGACAUGAGGAUGGAUGGUGGCAGGUACCCUGACAUGCCCACUGCUGCUGAUGUUGUGAAUGCUUUAGAUCAACAGGCACUUGCAUCCAUCCUGAGAACAUACGGGGAGGAAAAGCACGCCAAGAAAAUCGCUUCAGCAAUCGUUCAGGCACGUAGCAUCUACCCAAUCACCAGAACCCAGCAGCUUGCCAGCAUCAUUGCAGGUGCAUUUCCUGCUUCUGCGAUUUAUGCACGAAAAGACUUGCUCCAGCGAUCUACCCAUAUUGCUACCAAAACUUUCCAAGCUUUUCGCAUAUUUGUGAACAAUGAACUUAAUGAACUCUACACAGGACUGAAGACAGCUCAGAAGUUUUUGAGACCUGGUGGUCGACUUGUAGCCCUUUCCUUCCACUCACUAGAGGAUCGCAUCGUCAAACGAUUCUUGCUCGGUAUAAGCAUGACAGAAAGAUUUAAUCUAAGUGCCAGACAGAAGGUGAUACAAACAUCAAGAUUGGGUUUGGGUCAAGAAAACAAGGAAGGCAUCCCUAUAGAAAGGGAUCCUUUAAUGUGGAAAUUAAUACACAAGAAGGUACUCACUCCAGAAGACCAGGAUGUACAGGACAACCCCAGAGGACGCUCAGCCAAACUCAGAGCAGCUAUCAAAUUAUGAGAAAAAAAGUUACCAUGAUCUAAUCCUUCAAAUUUUUCCUCACAGAUUAAUUUUUUUCAUAUGAUGUUCCUGAACAGUGUUACAGCAACGGUGUUACUGAACAUGUGGGAAAGUUUGAAAAUUAAAGAUAUUUAGGAUUUUUUUUUCUCAAAAAGAAAAUGUAGGGAAUGUUAACAUGACACAGAAAGUUCAAACCAGGGAGCAUCAUUUAAAGACUAGAAAAAUGUUUCAUUUUAUGUUGUAUUAUGUUAUCUAAAUAAGUACACUCAAACUGUCAAAGAGAGAGAUAAUAUAAUCAUAUCUACAUGUGCUAAAUUCUGUAUUUAGAUAUUCAAAUUUGCAACAGCCUUUCUAUGGCUCAAAUAAUUAAUAAUGAUCAUGGAAUGAAUUUUAAUUUCCUUCUUUGGGGAUAAUUAGUUGCUACUAUGCUAUCUCAAAUAUUAGCAACAUACAACUAUAAAAUUUUCAAGUAUUAUUUUGGAAAUGCAUUAUACUGUUACAUUUUCAAUGCUGAGAUUUUAGUGUUCAUUAUUUUAAAUAGAUUUUCUGUAUAAUAUAUGCCAUGUUUUUAUAUAUUACAGAGCAAAAAUAUAGAAUUUCUUUAAGAGCCUUCACAUAGAAUUGUUUUAUAACACUUUUAUUUAAUGUCAGUUGUGUUUAUUUUAAUAAUAGCUUACAAUGUCUUUGAUAAAUAAUAAAUCCUCCUAUUAUUUGAAUCCUGCAUUUUUUAAAUUGAUCUAUUCAAAUUAAUUCAGCAAAGUCUAUUCGAGUUAGAAAACUAUCUGAUUUCUUUAAUAUAUUAAAAUAAAUGCACUCUGAGUAUUUUCACUUGCAUAUAGUAACUGUAAUAAGGGUAAAACAUUUAUUUGGAAGUCUGUUUGGUGGAGGAUUCUUUAAGAAAUUGUUGAGAAUUGAUUCAGAAUUCACAUAUCAACUCUUUAUCUGUAAAUAUGCACUUCUAACUUAUUCAGUUAUUCACCAAGUACUGAACUAGGCACUAGAGAAACAAAGGUAAGUAAAAUACACAUAGCCCACAGUAUCUCUUCUUGGGAAUCUAGUGGAGGAGAAUGAUAUUAGUGAAAUAAUCAUAAAAAUAAAUAUAAAUAUAAAUAUAAAUAAAUAAAGUUGAUACAGUGGUAAGUGCUACAAAAAAAGCAGUACAUGGUACUGUACGAGUAUCUAGUAGGGAUAUAUCUGUCUAUCAAAGGAAACCAGUCUGAGAAAGUGGUGUUUGAAUUGUGGCCUGAAGGAUGAGUAUGAAUUAAUUAGGGAAAUGGUACACUGGGUGGAGAAUGAAGCAUGUUGAUUAAAAGUGUGCAUAAAUGUUUGCUCUCUUAAGAAGUUAUCCUUGAAAUUGUGUUUUUAUUAUUAAUGUGUCCAGUAAACUAUUUCUUCAAAUACAGUGAAAAUUAAUCCUUGCUGUUAUGAUUAUAAUUUCUAAACUGGUGAAUCCAAGUGAACAAAAUUUUGGUACAACUAUAUGGAUAAAGUAGAUAAGAUUUACUUUGAAUUUCCUCAGACUUGUCAUUUUAUCUACCUCUAUAAACAUAUUUAACCCUAGUUCCCAAACUUGUUUGCCACUUUUUUAAAGCUUUAUUCAAAUCAGAACAAUCCUGCAGUGAAAUCAGAAUUGGAAAUAAUUCUGGUUGGCAAUGUUCUCAAAAUGGGAACAAGAUAAUGUGCCUAGGUCAAUCCCCUACACCCUACCUGAAGGACUGUGGACAUUUCUCUUUUCACAAAAGAUAUAUUCAUUAAAAUUAAUAUCUCUAAAAAUUCAUCGUCAAAUAUUUAAAAACCAUAUUUUCUGUAGUCUUUGCAGAGCAUGUAUUUUCAGAGGUUUGAAAAUUCUUUUUUUUCAAUAAGAAGCAGAGAUCAUGAUGAGUCUGUCCUGCAGACUUAAAAGAUAGUUUUAAUUUCAUUUGAAAUCUCUCAUCCAAAAACUAUGAGAUAGUUCUUAAUGUAAAAUUCCAAAUGUACAACUAAUACAAAGUUUAUAUCAG